AUAAUUUACUUCUUGCUCCAAUAGCAGCCAGUAAUUUUUACCAUAUAAAAAAUCAAAGGCAACAUAUAAAACAAAUCACUAAAAUGUUUUUAAAUUUGAGAAUUUUCACCUUGUUGGUCUCUACCGUAGCCUGCGUUGUAGCUCUCCCAUACCAGCCUGAACAAAUUGCAGGAAUAAACUUCCGUCGCUUCGUGUGCCCGCCGCUACGCACGCUGCCUGACAUCAACGAGAGCCGCUCUCCGGCCACCCUCAGAAUGAAUCGGCACUUUUUGGAAGAGUGGUGCCCCCCCGGCACCCCCAUUGUGUUCCCCGACCAACCCCUGUACAAUGCCAUCACCUCCCGCCCCCUCGCCCCCCGCCCCAUCCGCAACCCCUACCGGGGGCUGGCCGUGGAGGGGGGAAGCAUCCCCAUAGUGUUCCCCGGCCAAGAACAUCCCCUGAACUCCAUUGAGGCUCACCCGAAUUUCGAGUUCGUGAACUCCAAGAUGCAUCCUUCCCUGCUGCCGAACAGGCAGCGCUACAGGUCUCAGGGCAGCCCGUGGAACAGGCUAGAAAACUUAUAGGCUCUAUAAAUAGCGAACUUAGAGUAGAAAAGUGCUAUAAAGUACUCAGUACUCCUACUCGGAGUAGAAAAGUGCUAUAAAGUACUCAGUACUCCUACUCGGAGUAGAAAAGUACUAUAAAGUACUCAGUACUUCUACUCAGUGUAGAAAAGUACUAUAUAGUACUCAGUACUUCUACUCAGAGUGGAAAAGUACUAUAAAUUCUGCAUUAAAUAACAGGCCAUGUUGCGUCGAUUCGUUUUGACCACAACUUUUGCAGAUGGUUGCGGGUCUCGAACCUCCAACUCAGGUCUCCAAUUUUGUUGAUUUCAGCCACUCGGCCGUGGCUGUUUUUAUAUUAUUUGUUAUUUAUUAAAUUUUAACUAAUAGUGUUAUGUUUCGCAGUACACUCCAUGAAACGGAUGAGAUUUAAAUUAAGUUUAUGAUUUUAUGUGUGUGGCGGAACACAAUAUGGAAAAGACUGAAGAAUUAAUGGGCCUUUAUUUAUUAAAUUUAACCUAUCAUGAUGACCUUAAGUAUUCCUAUGUAAUGUUUUAACGUAUAAUUUCAUGUCUGUAAACGCAAAAUUAAAGUCUCACGACGGAAUAGUGUAAAGAUUUACGCUCCUCACGCAAGGUCGAAUUUACGUACGCAAAUUGAAAUUUGUUCAAAAUGUGACGACAAAAAUUUAAUAAUGAUAUUUUUGUGGUUCAGCGCGCAGCUCUACAGACCGUCCAAACUCCCAUUCAAUUGGAAGGAAACACAUCGAGCGCUUGGAUUAGGCAAAUGAAUACCCAAAUGCGUUUAUUAUUUGCUGGUUACUUCAGAAAAAGUUCGCAUAUUAAAAAGUUUAACAUAUUUGGCCAUGUAGACUGUCAAAAUUAAGGAAUCGAGCAAUCACGGUGAGGGAUGAGAAUACUUAGCUUGUCAUGUUUGAGUGGAGGAUUGUUAAGAAUUAAUUAUAAUAUUAUGUAUUGUUUCUAGUAUUAUACAAUGUAUCAUAUUAUUAUAAUAUUUGAAGAUGCCAUAUUAAUUCGGCAAAAUUCUAGAUACGGAAUUUUUUUCUUUGGUUAACGUGGCAGCAAAUUAUUAAAUUUAAUAAGAAAUUGUAUGUGCUUUGAAUUAUUACAAAGAAUUCCUUGCAUAUAACAGCACACCGUGCGUAGACUUACGUACAUUACUGGCUUUAAUUAAAAUUAAAUUGUGUUC